UUUCUUAAUAACGAAAACCAGAUUCAUAACGAUUCUUCUUCACUAAGGUGAAAUAAUAACCUUUCCACACUGCUGAGAACUAAAAGAAAGGGAAAUUUAUCUGUUGUCCUAACGUUUGAAAACGUUUAUUUGCUCGAGAAAAUAUAUUUACAAAAACGCAACUUACAAUUUUUAGAAGCCAGUAAAUAUAUCCCUUUUCCCUCACAGUUUGUUUCUUGUUUUCUCUCGACGCCAAAUAAAAUCCAAAUUGUUUCCUCCUGUAACAGCAGAGUUUUUUCACUAUUAAAGCAACGUAGAUUAAAAAAAAAGUUUUUCGUCUAUUUACGUUCUUUUUACUUGUUCAGACAUAGUAAAACCCAAAUACCUCAAUGCCUUCAGAUAUUUGGCCUAUCUUAACCCUGCAAAUCGCUGUGAAAUACAUGGCGGAGGGUACUUACCACUGUAUCACAUGUUAUAGUUUCUUCCCGACCCAAUCGCGUACAGAGUGCGAAAGAACGAUUGCCGGGAUGUCUGUGCUCGAGCUUUAGUUAGCAUAAACUUGUUUUCGCGAUGCACAUCGCAGCAAUAGAUUCAUCACUCAAUACACACAAACCUAUGACCUUUCGAGUUGCCCGUCGUUAUAUACGGCAUCGAAGUUUACCACCUGACUAACAUACUGAGCAUAAGUAAAGCAUAGGUAAAGUAUAAAUUAGAUAAUUAGGAAUUUGACGACCACAAUAUUAUUGCACGUGGGAGUGAGGGCGCUUCAGUCGGCCUAUUUUGAGUUUUUAUCGUGAUAUUUUACGAGGAUACGCUGAAACACUUGAUAGUAUAUGCACAACAUUAUUAAAAUCUUUCAUAGUACGAUGCAUCUGCCAUAGUCUCUGCUAUACUUGAUUACUGUAACGCCACCGUAUGUUUCCAAUAACGGCCACGCAAAACCAAGUGCAGUAAUCUCGUGGUGGGGUAGUACCAAAUAGUCUAUAAUUAUAGGCUAUUUGGUAGAAUCCACGCAAACAUUGCGCUAUGUCAGGAUAGCUAAAUAACCAUCAAAAAGACGCAAAAUAUCAAAAUCAAUUUCUCAUGAAUAAGUGCGGCGAGAAUAGGACAACUUCGAUGUUAGCAAACGAAGCCACCGUCCGCCGUUAGCAUCAAUGUCAUAAUUCUAUCGUUUCCGAGCAUGCGCAGUUUUCAGCACACUCACCACAAUCAAUUGACUAUUGACGUCACUGACCCACUUGUGACGUCGUUGGGAGGAUAAUUUACACGCUACUCUACAACGUGCACCUACCACAAGUGAUCUAUAUACACAUUGAUGUUACUCGUGUAAACCUGAACCGAGGGCACAUAGUGAUAUAGUUAUGACGUAGCUUAUUUCUUGCACUUAGGACGAGGCAUAGGUAUUUUGCUCCUUUUUUUAUUAGCUGCGUAGGCGUUUACGCGCAGUUGUGGAAUGUGUUUCAAAUAGAAUCCCUUUGGGCGCUCAAAUAAUGAGGUAUCCUCAUGAUUCGCCUUGUGAUUACGUUGUAUGAUUUGGCAGGUCAUUUUUUUCUAUUAAACUGAUAUAAAUACGUGUGGGCUCCUGUGUUUAUCGAUAUGGAAUGGAACAGAAAAUCCAUUCAGCUUCUCAUUCAAGCAUACAAAGACGAACCCUCACUCUUCGAUCACAGGCACCCCCAAUAUCAUUUGAAGGUCAAUAGAAAGGAAAAACUUGCAAAAGUUGCACAAAGGGUUGGGGAAGUGCUACCUGGAGUUACAGCCAAUGACUGCAAAAGCAAAUUUGCAACCUUGCGGUCGCACUAUGGCGCUGAACUUAAGAAGAUGCGAACCGGUAAGGAAACCGGAGUAGUUUACUCACCCACUGUGUGGUGGUUUCCACUGAUGGAGUUUCUGAAAAACCGAAUUGUACCCAGAUCGUCACACUCAAAUAUUCCCGAAAGAUUUUUUUCAUAUAAGCCCCAGGCAGUAUCCAUGGAUUCCAGUCACUCCUCUGACCUAAUGGAUUGUUAUAAUCUUUCAGAUGGACCUCAGUUGCAGAUAGUGGAAUCCAGAAGUACAGAGGACACUGCAGACAGUGGCAGUGAUAAUCACUCAGAGUUUUCCACAGAAAUCGUUGAAGUGAAAACUGAAAUUGAUGUGAUGCCCUCAGAGUGUGUCACUACUGAGACACAAGAUGCUCCAGAGCCACCAGAAACACAUCAUCUGUAUGCAGAAACACAACGUCAUUAUGAAAAGCCUUCAAAGCGACAAAAGAAAGAUGAUGAUGAUACAUUGCUCUUAUCCACAUUGUCAGUGUUGGAGAAAGUUAGUUCAUAUUUAGAUCGAACAACUGAAGAUGACACACUGGGGAAAUUUGUGGCAGAAGAGUUACGAAAAAUGGACAAUUACAUUUGUAUUAAGACAAGAGCAAAACACCGAAUACUCCAAGCCAUAAUGGAUGCACAGAUGGAGAUAAUUCGUGAAAUACAGAAGACAAAGAAAAGUAAUGUGGAAUGUUCAAACUGUACAAAAUAAAUGAAAUUAUUUUAAAAUAAUUAUUUAAUAUGUCCCAUCACCAAGGUUCAUAUCUGGUGGUAAUAAAACGAUCGAGAAAAACUGUUGGAUGUUAUGUUCAUUUUAUUAGUGUCUGUUACUCAGUCUUCUGAUGCUAGUCAUUGACAAACUAGUGCCUCUUGUACUGAGAACUGUACACUACAAUGCACUCUUAAAUGUUGUUGCCAUCUGAAAAUGAUAUGUUCAAUCUUUUCUGUUGGCUUUUUUUUAAAUAUUCAACAUAAACCUGAAAUAAUUAGGCAAAGUACCCACUUUGCUGUUGAUUAUGUGUGAUGACACUAAAUUUUUCAGUUCAUCUUUGAUUGUCUUGAUGAACAUUCUGUGUGAUCGGAGGUAGGAGAUAUCCCUCAAUAUGGUUGAAAUAUUAUAACAUUUAAGCUUGUCUAUGCCACCUGUGUAUCCAGCCAGCACUAGGUAGGGGCACAGAUGUGUGUGUGUGUGGUUUUUUUCUGUAGUUUCAGAAAGGAGUUAUUCCAAAAGCUAGCAAGUUUUCUUUUGUUUUUGUGUCUUCCUGCCAACUACACAACGCUCCUGCUAAUCGUGAGUGACCUUCUUUAUUCAUAAAGUGUUAACCUUCCUCUUUCUUAUUUUAGUUAUUUGUUAAAGGCCUCACAGCAAAUGUUCUUUCUCAGAAGAGACUAUUUUGCUGUUCACAGAAACAUAUUGUCACAAGUGCUGGCAGAUAGGGAUACAACCUUCUGCUUCAUAAUAAAAAAACCUGUACAGCCGCAUUUACACACACAUGACAAGUAAGUUGCUUCUUUUCAGUAAAACCACUUCAUGCUUGUCUCCACCACCAGGCCUAAAGCAUUUCAUAGAAUAUUACAUACCAUAUUUUUUAGUCAAAAGAAUGAGAAGAAAAUUUUUUUUUUUUUCCAGAAAUCUUUACCUUUUAAAUUCACACUUUUUACAUGAGUGUGGACCAGUUCUUGAAACAUUUUUUCCGCUCUGGUAUUGGUCUCUCAAAAACACAAUUUUGGAACUAUUCAAUAGCUCCUUUCUGUGAUGAAAAUUACUGCCCACACAUUUUAUGUUUAACACAAGGAAAUGAAAAGAAGUAAUUAGACCUCAGGAUCUAUUUAAAAGAAAUAUUAGAGUUACACGGGAUUUACAUUCUGUAACCUAAGUAUUCUGAAAGUUGUUUUACUUAAUUUUUAAGUAUUUGAAUAUUUUCAGUUUCCUGCCUGAUGUCCACUGGUAACUUGUUUCAGACUUCUGCACUGGAAUGUAUACAAAUUAAUUUUGCACCUAAUUUUGUUAUUGUGAAUUGAUGGAUUCACCUGAGGAAGUAUAUACUGGUAUGUGAGUGCAAGGAUCACUUGGAUGCUGGAAGGGCUUCUACAAGAUGUUUGGUUGUCAACUUUAAGCAAUAUUUCUAGUGCACAUUUCAGCAGAAUAAACAUUUUUUCACCUUGCCUUUUAAUGUCUCAGAACGUUAUGCCAUUGGACAGAAAUGGCUAAAAAUAUGCUGACACCUAAGUCUGCAGGUCAACACAGAAGAGAGAUUUCUGAAUGCAAAGCAGCCAGAACUGAACUUUAUUUGUUAAUAUCCACACAAUUGUGCCACUUCAAAUUUUAUUUCUGUAACAUUGAGGGUUAAGCUGUCAGCUGUGAACUGGGUGUAAGACUGCUACAUUGGCCUGCUGAUUGUGCCUACUGUGGGUGUGUUUGGGCUCUGUAUCAAUAUAUGUGUCAUCAGCAAAUGUUACAGUUUUUGAAUAGUUCUCCAUGUUCCAGAUAGAUAAUUUAUGUAGAUUAGAAACCAUAACAAGCAAUGCAUAAACUCUUGUGUAA